UAAAAACACUCAAAAACACAAACCUUUUUUUUCCCUUGAAUUCUUUUCACACACACAAUAUAUAUAUUCUUUAUUGUUAUACUUUUCUUAUAACAUUGUUAAACUUAAAACUAAUAACAUGAAUGACAACACUAGUUGUUUGUGUUAUUUUCAUCCAAAAGAAGUUGUAGUGGGAGUAUGUGCUUUGUGUUUGAAUGAAAGGCUCUUAAUCUUAGCUUCUAAACAAGAAAAGAUGAUUAAGAAGAAGAAGAAGAAGAAGAUUAUUAUUAAUUUAAGAGAAAAAAUGAAGAUUAAUAAUGAUGAUGAUGGAGAAGAACAUUCAAGAAUGCAUUAUCUACCAAAGAUAUUUGCUUUAACCUCUUUUUUCAAUCGUCUUGAUAUUAGACAUUCACGCAAAGAGACUAUUCAUGAUAUUGAUGUUUCUUCCACUUGUAGCUAUGAAGAUUCUUUUAUCUCAAUAAAAUUUGAAAAUAAUGGAGUAGGCUCAUGGGAGAAGGGAGCAGUUGGCACAGUACCAAAGUUGUCACUAAUUAAGCAUUGUGAUAAUAAUAAUAAUAAUAAUAAUAAUAAUAAUAAUAAAGUUGCAUUAAUAGAUCAUGUUACAAAGCCACGUAUGCAACUUAGGUGGCGAAAGCGGAUUGGUCACAUCUUCCAUCUAAUUAAAUUAAAGAGAUCAUCUACCAAAGGUGGUAAUGCCAAUCAUGUGGGCACCAAAUUAGAAGGUGUGAAGGUGAGACAUGGAUGGAUAAGGACUCUUACAAAGAGAAAAACCAAACAAUGAAGGCAAAGCAAAAACCAAAAGGGCCAAGCUUUCAUCCACUUAUAAUUACUAUCUCCUAGCUACCUUUUUAAAGUGUGAAUGGAAAUAUAGCUUUUGUGAAGAUUAGCUUGGCUUUUUCCACCUUCCUUUUGUUUGUUAUUUUUAUAUCUCCUUUCACUUGUUUGGCAUAUGUUGUAUCCUAAAAUAUGUGAGACAAGCCCAUGUUAUAGCCACUUCUUGAUUUGUCUAAGAAAAAAAGGAUAAUGCUCAAAACAUGAAUUGAUUUCUUCUUCUUAUCCUACAUCCA